AUGCCCUCGACAGCAGAUAACACCAAAACUACAUCCCCUUCUCCUUCAAGCCCCGGGACAAAAAAGUCCCUAACACAGAAUAAAGCAUGGAUCUACGGCAAAAAAGGCUUCGACAAGGCCUGGGACGCCCUGGAUAAAGUCGGCGCCCCCGUGAACCGGCUAAGCAACAAACUCGGCUCCGAAGCCUUCUGGCCCAUGACACUGGACAAAGAAAGCGAAAAGGCCUCUCGUAUCCUGCGCAGUUUCUGCAAGGAAGGAGUAUCUGUUGCCGACGAUGCGACCGUGGCAACCCGGGAACAGACACCCGACGCGAAGAUCGACAAACCACGGGGUAAACCCAAGGUUUUGCAGAAGAUUCCUGCGGAGGUGAUCCGCCAGGCCAAGGGGAUCGCCAUCUUCACAGCCAUGAGGACGGGACUGUGGUUCAGCGGAGCUGGUGGGAGUGGGAUCCUCAUCGCUCGCGUACCCGAGACGGGAGAAUGGAGUGCGCCUUCGGGGAUAUUGCUGCAUACCGCUGGCCUUGGGUUCCUGGCUGGCAUAGACAUCUACGACUGUGUCAUGGUCAUCAACACGUACGAGGCGUUGGAAGCGUUCACCAAAGUGCGGGUGACGCUGGGAAGCGAGAUCUCCGUCGCGGCUGGGCCGGUGGGAAUGGGAGGGGUGCUGGAGUCGGAAGUACACAAACGACAGGCUCCCAUCUGGUUGUACGUCAAGAGUCGCGGCUUCUACGCCGGGGCGCAGAUUGACGGGACGAUUCUGAUCGAGCGCAACGACGAGAAUGAGCGGUUUUAUGGUCGCAAGGUGCCUGUCAAGGAGAUCAUGGCUGGUCACGUGCAGACGGACAACGCGUCUGUCAGGAUGUUGACGCAUACUCUUCAUUCGGCGCAGGGCGACAAGCAGUUUGACCAGACUCCGACUGGCGUUGCUGUACCGACAGGGCCGAGUCCAAGCGAUUUUGCGCCCGAGGAUCUGACGAAUUCGAAUCUGAUGGCACACGGGGCAUUGGCCGCUCAGGAUCAGACGGCUACCGACAAACAGUUUGACCAGACUCCGUCUGGUGUUGCUGUACCGACAGGACCGAGCCCAAGUGAUUUCGCGCCCGAGGAUCUGGCGAAUUCGAAUCUGAUGGCGCAUGGAGCAUUGGCCGCUCCGGAUCAGACGGCUACCGAAACUCCUGCUCCCGUCACCGACCGUUCCGUACCCUUGGAUGGCUCCCAGAGCGAGGAGGCCGUUGCUGCGCAGAUGGAGAGCAUGGGGUUUGCUAGAAUUGAUAUCGAUCGGGCCAUGAGAGCGGCGUCCUUCAACCCCGAUCGCGCCGUGGAGUAUCUGCUAAAUGGGAUCCCCGAUGAUGACCAUCCUGAGCAGCAGCAACAGCCGGCCGGUGGUGCCGCGACAGAUCAUCCCGAGCAUCCAGCUCCUCCUCUUCCCCCCAGACUUCACUAA